UCAAAGGCCAGCCGGUCUCUGCCCCAUUCUUGGUCCCCACCUGCCCCUACGCGCCUGCCUUUUCUCUUUCUCUGCCUCCCUCUGGCAGACUCCCUCUCACUGGGCACCUGCCUCCCCGCCCACUCCUGGAGGGUGGGGCUUGGCUGCACCCACGUGUGGCGGAGUUAAAGGCUCCUCACAGCACAGGAGCUGGUGAGUGUGGCACCCAGCCGGCUGGGGAGAGAAGCGGCACCAUGGCUGGCAAGAAAGUCUGCAUUGUGGGCUCUGGCAACUGGGGCUCCGCCAUCGCCAAGAUUGUGGGUAGCAAUGCAGCUCAGCUGGCACGCUUUGACCCCCGGGUGACUAUGUGGGUGUUUGAGGAAGACAUCGGGGGCAGGAAGCUGACGGAGAUCAUCAACACGCAGCACGAGAAUGUCAGAUACCUGCCUGGGCACAAGCUGCCCCCCAAUGUGGUGGCCAUCCCAGAUGUGGCCCAUGCUGCAGCGGACGCCGACAUCUUGAUUUUUGUGGUGCCCCAUCAGUUCAUCAUCAAGAUCUGUGACCAGCUCAAGGGCCACCUGAAGGCAAAAGCCAUUGGCAUAUCCCUUAUUAAGGGGGUAGACGAGGGCCCCAACGGGCUGAAGCUCAUCUCAGAAGUAAUCGGAGAACGCCUUGGCAUCCCCAUGAGUGUGCUGAUGGGGGCCAACAUCGCUAGCGAGGUGGCCGAUGAGAAGUUCUGUGAGACCACCAUCGGAUGCAAGGACCCUGCCCAGGGACAGCUUCUGAAAGAGCUGAUGCAGACGCCCAAUUUCCGCAUCACUGUGGUACAAGAGGUGGACACGGUGGAGAUCUGUGGAGCCUUAAAGAAUAUCGUGGCUGUGGGGGCUGGCUUCUGCGACGGACUGGGCUUUGGCGACAACACCAAGGCCGCGGUGAUCCGGCUGGGGCUCAUGGAGAUGAUCGCCUUCUCCAAGCUCUUCUGCAGCGGCCCCGUGUCCUCCGCCACCUUCCUGGAGAGCUGCGGUGUGGCCGACCUCAUCACCACCUGCUACGGCGGGCGGAACCGCAAGGUGGCUGAGGCCUUCGCCCGGACAGGAAAGUCCAUUGAGCAGCUGGAGAAAGAAAUGCUGAACGGGCAGAAGCUGCAGGGCCCCCAGACCGCCCAGGAGCUGCACAGCAUCCUCCAGAACAAGGGCCUGGUGGACAAAUUCCCCCUGUUCACAGCUGUGUACAAGGUAUGCUAUGAGGGCCAGCCGGUAGCUGAAUUCAUCCGCUGCCUGCAGAAUCAUCCAGAACACAUAUGAGGUGGGCCAGGCCAGGAUGCUGCUUUUCCCAGUACAGACUCGGAUCUUCAGGACCCCCCCAUGAAGCUGACUCUGCUUGGCUUUUCACUGGGGCCCAGCUACUCACCCCGAGAUCCUGAACCCCAAGAAGCCUGCAGCCUCUACGUGCCACAUCUUGGCCAGAAAGGGAGCGCCCUGUUUCUCCCUGGAUCUGGCUUUCUCCCCCGUCCUCGGAGAAAGAUACAACUGAGGCCCAUAGCUGCCUGGGGGUUGGGGUGGGGAUGGAGGGCAGGGCAAGGGCUGUCAGCUGCUGCCUCACACAGACUGGGAAGCCUGCCCCUAAACCCAGUGACCUGCUCAAGAAGUCCCUCAGCCACAGGAGGGGUGAGGCCAGGGCCACCAGGGUGGCUCCGGGCUUUGGAGCUGACGCAGGCCCCUUUGGCUUUGACCUCUGCCGGGCCUCACACAGCAUAAUAGAUUUCAGUGUUUGUUAACAAAAUACAAAGAUCUUAAACAACCCCCUUCUAGAGCUUCUCCUAGCAACAUCUGUGUCCUCAGAAACCUCUGGCCACCCCCUCUCCCUCGGGGCUGCCCUGGCACCAAAGUGGCUGCUAGGCUGGCAUCUCUGGCCCCAGGCUUGCCACACUCCCCAGAGACUUCCUGGUUUCCACUUCUUUGCCAGCUCCUUCCCCCACCCCGUGUGACCUUUCUCUGGCCCUCCCCCUCUGCACCCUCUUUGGGGAGAAGGAACUUGAUCUGCUGACAGAGCUACACCUUUUCAUAGCAGGCUCUGCUUGCUCACUUGCUCACCAGGCUCCCUGUGCCCUUUGUCUGUGCCAGCCUCCCUUCUCAGGAGCUCCCAGGGGUCCCUCCUACUGCCACCUACCUCUCUGGGGACACCCCUGACUCUAUGCCUAUCCUCCCCUAAACCCUGAGCCUCUUUCUCAGCUGCGUCCAGGGCAGCCGUGAGACCAAACCAGCAUCUGACAUCUGGAGGCCACCAGGACAGAGAGUGGCCCAGAGGCUGCACAGGGCCAGGAAGAAAGUGGGGAACCUGACUUUCCAAGGCAGGAUCGCCUCUGUCCAGUGAGGGCCUUCUCAUGAGAUUCUCCCUCCAGGAGCUGGGGUGGGGGGCUGCAGGGGGAAGGAGAAAACAAAGCCACCUCAUCCCCUGGGGCAGGGAAGCAAGACAGCAAGGGAGGAGAGGUAUGUGCUUGGCACUGGCCUUCCUCCAGGCAAAGAGGGAAUGUCAUAGGUCAGAAGCCUGGGCCCCUGGCUAUAAAUAGUCCCUGAAGUCUUAGAGGUCCUGCCACAGCCAGCAGAGGGUCUCAACUUCCUAUGUGACAGCACUUGGCACACUGUGGCCCUUUCCUGACCAGCAUCAUGUUAACCCUCCCCUUUGCCCUGUGAAAGAGGGUAGGUAGGUUCCUCCCAGCCCCUGGCCUGUUGAUUCAGUCUUGCAAGUGGCAGGCAGCAAGGAGCGUGAGGGGCAUGGCCAUUGCCCCUAGGCCUCACUGGGCCCUGUCAGGCAAUGAACCAGAGCAGCCUCCCCCAAAGGACAAGCUGGGCCCACAAAGACCGACUCUCUGCCGUCGCUGGAAACACUUUUGUCUGCGUCUGCUCACUCCAGAGCUAGCUGUGAAUGGCGGCCUACAUGUCCACCCAAUAAAACAUGCUUUUUUCCAGAGA